AUGGAGAUAUUCGCAACAAUUUCACCAACGAUCUCAUAUCGCCGAUCAUUCCAAUACGUUCGAGCAGUCCUUAGAAUGCAACACAAGAAAUCACGGGGAUCACGUAUUUCCGAAGGCAUCGAUCUCACCGCCACACAUUAUCAAUCAGACAAACCUGAAGCGUCAUCUAAAAAUACUCGGAACUUAUCUGAACAACAAUCAAAUGGCGAACCCUCAACCAAUACUUGUUUAACAGGUCAGGUGAAAUUUGUGGAUGCCGAUAAAACUCACGACUCGAAACUUUCUGAUGGUCUCUCUUCGGUAGUCAUAAGCCCGAAGGGUGCAAAUGAUGAUUCAACCACCGAUAAAAUUGGUACAGCCAAAAGCCCGAAGAAAACUGAUGGUAACUGUUCAUCCGCCAAUAAAUCUGAUAUGGUCAAAGAUGCACCGCGAAAAAAGCUUAAGGUGUGUCGUCCGAAGGUUGCAAAAAAACCAUGA